AUGGCUGCCAGGACCAAGAACGGCGCCUCUGACGGCAGGGCUGCGUCUCAGGGCCAGUGGGGCCGGGCCUGGGAGGUGGACUGGUUCUCCUUGGCGAGUGUCAUCUUCCUGCUGCUGUUUGCCCCCUUCAUCGUCUACUACUUCAUCAUGGCGUGUGACCAGUACAGCUGCUCGCUGACGGCGCCUGUAAUGGACAUCGUCGCCGGGCGAGCUCACCUCGCCGACAUCUGGGCCAAAACCCCACCGGUGACAAAGGAAGCGGCCCAGCUCUAUGCCACGUGGGUCACUUUCCAGGUCAUCUUGUACUCGCUGCUUCCUGACUUCUGUCACAAGAUCUUGCCAGGCUAUGUCGGAGGGGUCCAGGAGGGGGCGGUGACGCCUGCAGGCGUGGUCAACAAGUAUGAGGUCAAUGGGCUGCAGGCGUGGCUCCUCACCCAUCUGCUCUGGUUUGCCAACGCCUACGUCCUGCACUGCUUCUCCCCGACCAUCAUCUUCGACAACUGGAUCCCGCUGCUGUGGUGCACCAACAUCCUGGGCUAUGUUGUCUCCACCUUCGCCAUGAUCAAGGGCUACCUGUUCCCCACCAAUGCCAAAGACUGCAAAUUCACGGGCAAUUUCUUCUAUAACUACAUGAUGGGCAUUGAGUUUAAUCCCCGCAUCGGCAAGUGGUUCGACUUCAAGCUGUUCUUCAAUGGCCGCCCUGGCAUCGUCGCCUGGACCCUCAUCAACCUGUCCUUUGCAGCCAAACAGAAGGAGUUGCAUGGCCAGGUGACCAACUCCAUGGUCUUGGUCAAUGUCCUGCAGGCCAUCUACGUGCUGGACUUUUUCUGGAAUGAAACGUGGUACCUCAAGACCAUAGACAUCUGCCACGACCACUUCGGGUGGUACCUGGGCUGGGGAGACUGCGUGUGGCUGCCGUAUCUUUACACGCUGCAGGGCCUGUACCUGGUCUACCACCCUGUGCAGCUGUCCACCCCCUAUGCCAUGGCUGUCCUGCUGCUGGGCCUGGUCGGCUACUACAUCUUCCGGAUGACCAACCACCAGAAGGACCUCUUCCGCCGCACGGAUGGCCGCUGCCUCAUCUGGGGCAGGAAGCCCCAGGUCAUCGAGUGCUCCUACACGUCGGCCGAUGGCCAGAAGCACCACAGCAAGCUGCUGGUGUCCGGCUUCUGGGGCGUCGCGCGCCACUUCAACUACACGGGCGACCUGAUGGGCAGCCUGGCCUACUGCCUGGCCUGCGGCGGCGGCCACCUGCUGCCCUACUUCUACAUCAUCUACAUGACCAUCCUGCUGACCCACCGCUGUCUGCGGGACGAGCACCGCUGUGCCAGCAAGUACGGCCGGGACUGGGCGCGCUACACGGCCGCCGUGCCCUACCGCCUGCUGCCCGGCCUCUUCUGAGGG